UUUGCUGUGUGUUUGCGUCUUUUUGAAAGCGGCGUUCUGUCCUGCAGUUGCCGGUAGCGUUGAACUGUAAGAAAACCGCGACAAAUGUUAAUGCACACAACGUUACUCACUCUUAAUUAGGUCUGAGAGCCGUAUUAGAACUAUGAAUCGAAAUUGUUCUGUGUCGGUUGUUAAACUUAAUAAAAUCAAGUCUGAAGCUCCUAAUUUCCACAUUGGCGAAUUCGUCUAUUUUGAUAACUCAUUUCUGAAAAUUGAAAUUCAGUUGUGUUUGACAGUUAAUUGCAUUCUUCAAGACACAGAAAGAAGUGGCCAUAAUUACAUGUGCACGUUUGAGUUCGUCACCAUUUUUAGCCCUGAGUCUAUUUAUUAACAUUUUCCUACACGUUUGCAUUUAAAGAGAGCAUGGAGUAGGCUACUUAAAAAUUUAAUUUUAUAGUCAAUGUUCUUGCAUUUUUACCUCGAAUCUUUGAUCGCCUGUAACUUUGUUUUCUGUUUCUGAUGUCAUGAAUAGGAUCUCUGUAUUUCCAUAGUGGUACUUUCCUGCCUUGCCUUCGGCAGACGAACUCUGUGCAAUUGCGAUAUGUCGGGAAAGUUACCAAAAUCCACAUAGUCCCCUUGACAAUUGACAUGUGACACAGCGUUUGUGGAAAAUUCACCAGGUAUCACUUUACUGUUACUAAGCCAUUAACCUGGAUAAUUAAAUUCAAAGAAAUACGUUCACGCGGUGUGUUUUAUGCCUUGUAGCACCCGUGUACCAUUGCAUUCGUGAAGACUUCAACCAUGUUAUCUGCGUGAACUUUUCGUGCGGAAAUUCUCGAGUUAUAUACAUGCACAUCUACGUUUCACAUGAACUUGCAUGUGCAUGUACAUGUACUGUACAUGUACACGCAAAUGUACAGUGCAUAUACGCAAACGAGUACAUUUUACAGAUUCAGGUGAUGCAGUAUCGCACGCGUUCUGCUAUCAGACAAGGCGUGAUGCUCACAAUAAACCUUGGUGUAAUAAAGGCCUCUAUUAGAGAUUGCUGUAGCAUGUCUGGCUUUUGGCUGAGGUCAACUCCCAAACAAUGCAAUCAGACAAUACCGUCUGGCUGACACUAAAAAUGGUCGGCUGUGAACUUAGCCGUGAUGACCCGUGUGCUGCGGGUGUUUACUGUAGAGACAACGUGGACAGAACUCACUCGCGCGUUUGCUGCAUCGCCACCGUUUCUAAACUGGUGCAUGCAUAUGCAAUAGUCCGUAUAUGCUUGGGUUAUCGUGUGAGGCUGUCGUGUCGAUAGCUGGCAAGUGUUUAGUGGGUCAUGGCAGGCUAAAAAGACAAGUGGCCUAGGUCCUUCCAAUCUUGAUCCUUGCAUGAAUGUAAAUGGACUUGACUGCGCGGUACUUCGCGUCACUGUGAUAAAGAAUUCUAAAAGCACGAUGAUGUUAGCAGGAAACAAAAUUAGCACCAAAGGUGUCUCCGAUAGGCUUAUGUCUUUACCCGACACACGUGGUUGAACGAUGAAAAAUCUCAAUUCGGCAGACUAAAAGGAAAAUUGCUGAAAAUUGGAGCCGUUGUUGGCGGUAUGAACAUUGUUCUGUUAGAACGAAGGCGUCAGCUAAGGAUUUGAAAGCAAAGGCUCUUAAUGUUAAAUAUGCAUUUGAUUUGAAGAUAGCCUUGGAUAAACUUGAAAUUUAGCUACUGCUUGGAUCGAAACGUUAGCUUGUCAGUGUUACCACUGUUCAAUUCAAGGUCAGUUUGAGUUUGUAUACUCGCUUUGCGCAGCGGCCCGUUUUUGUAGUAAUUUUAAUUUUCUGAAGUUAGCCUGUGUGACUAGAAUUUGGCAUGUUAUUGUCAUCACCGGCAAUAUUACGUGUGAUAAACAAACUGUUAGAACGUAUCUGUGCAGUUUCUUUUCAGCAAGUCUGCGAUAAAUUUGAUGAGUGUGCAUGCACAGCAUUCUGCUGGAUAAACCUCAUCCAUGCCUCGUGAGUCAGUGGAAGACUUAACUUCGCCAGCGGCAGAAAAACUUGUGUUAUCAGGGCCUAUAUACCAGAGGGGGGAGCUCCAGUACUUGGCAUCGCGACCAAGGGGAUCAAACGGCUUUUUCGGCCUAUAAAAGCAACGGCAGAUUGGGGUUAUGUGGUCUCGCUGUUAGUUUGUGCUCCAUAUCUACCCAAAGUGUUUGAAACCUGAAAGCUUGAGAAUUGCAAGACAAAAUAAUAUGUUAAUUGCACGUCAAGAUGCCGGUGUAACAAGUAAUUAUUAUAUAACAAGCUUUAUUUUGACUUAACGUAUCUGAUUAUAUAGGUAUUUUCUGAAGGAAUCUAAAUUAUGUUGAAUAGUCCCCUUGUGUGACUUUAGCGAAUUCGAUGAUUAAAUAAUUUCCGGUAGCGGCGACCGGAUUUACACGUGUGCUACAGUGAAAAAAAAAUAUGCAUGGACGACAUUCGACAAGCGAAGAUUGUUAUUAUGACGCUUGUAAAUGCCAGCUAUUAUCUGUUCGUUUUGACCACUUUUUCAUGAAUUACCAAUCACAUCUCCAUCGUUGUGUCAAAGUAGCAGAAUUUUAUCCCAACAAAAAAGCCAAGGCCCACGUUCGGAGUCUUUAGAUUAGUUUUGGCGGGAAAAUUCAUACACCCUUCAGUCCUAUGUUCCACUUGGUGUGAAAACUGUCGCUCACAGAUAAACUAGUCAAUAUCUCCAGCAGCGCGGGAACUUGCAUUCAAUACGUGGGUUUAACACCAUACCCUCUUUUUCAUCUACCCAACUUGUCUCGCGUGCACGAGCGCGACAACACGGUGUGUACGAGUCGGGUGUUGGAUCUGCCAGCUCCAGCGCAGCGGUACAGUUACUUGAUUAUUUUACCAGUUGACGGCGUCCACUGAUCCCACUGAAUAACGCGUAGGAAUACUGGAACCAGACCGCCAAUACCAUAUGCAUAUUCAAGAACUAAUUUAUUAAAUCAUGACGGCGGCCAAUGAGCAGCGUGCUGGCUGUUAUGAUGGAUGGGUCCAGAGGCUGCGACCGUGGCUACACUGAUUACCAUCUGCCAAUCAACCCGAUGAACCUGGCUGACAUCUCCCCCGCCAUAAAAGGCAAGGGGCCGUCAUGGUAACCCGACAGUUUCAAACAGUAAGUGUCAGAGUUCAGCCAUUGUGCCAGACGGCGGAGCGCACGCCCCCGUGUAGCCACAACGGCGUAGGAGAAUUACUCCGCUCCGGCGGGUAGCCCAACCGACGAUGUCACUCUAGGCAUUUUGCCCUGUCUGCGGUUCUAAGGUUACGGCGCGAGGUAGUUAGAGGUCGGUGGUGUAUGUGUGCGUUGAUCUUUACAUAGCUCGCCAGUCCGUCGCAGACUCACCGUACUCCGCCGCAACAUGGCGAUGGCAGUUAGUACCUGGAGUAGCGACGAUCUGGCCGGGGAGAAAUCCAGGCAGCAGGCGGCGCAACAGCACACCAACUCGCAGCCAAUUCCACCGGUGCGACUCGGCACAUGGAGUCGGGAUGAGCUUGGCACAGACAAGACAGUCUCCCAACCCCCACCGCCGUCCCACUGGAGCACAGUCAAUGUCGGCGAUGAAAUCGCCCCGGAUAAGGCGCAGCACGCUCCACAGGCCACCCCGCAACCGCCACAAACCCCGGGCGCCCAGGGGAUCGGGGUGCAACAGCAGCACCAAACACCGCAACCCACCACCCCAACGCAACCCAGUCAAACUACCCCAACACCGGGUCAGACGGCACAGUCUCAAGUCCCCCAAACACCACAGCAGCAGCAACAGCAGCAGCACCAGCAACAGAGCCAGCAGAGUCCGCCGCAGAUUGAAUGCGUGGUUUGCGGCGAUAAGUCCAGCGGGAAACACUACGGUCAGUUUACCUGUGAAGGCUGCAAAAGUUUUUUCAAGCGGAGCGUGAGACGGAACCUGACCUACUCCUGCCGAGCGAACCGUAACUGUCCCAUCGACCAACACCACCGGAACCAGUGCCAGUACUGUAGACUUAAGAAAUGUCUGAAAAUGGGCAUGAGAAGAGAAGUACAACGCGGACGAGUGCCACCGUCACAGCCCGGUCCGGGCCAGUACCUAGACGGCCGCUUCGAAGGCCACUCCUUCCUCUCCGGCUACAUUUCCCUCUUGCUGCGGGCUGAGCCCUACCCCACCUCCCGCUACGCCCAGUGCAUGCAAACCAACAGCGUCAUGGGCAUCGACAGCAUCUGCGAGCUUGCCGCCAGACUGUUGUUCAGUGCCGUGGAGUGGGCCCGCAACAUCCCCUUCUUCCCGGACCUACAGGUGACCGACCAGGUGGCCCUCUUGCGCAUGAGCUGGAGCGAACUCUUCGUCCUGAACGCUUCGCAGUGUUCCAUGCCUCUCCACGUCGCCCCGCUAUUGGCCGCCUCUGGCCUGCACGCCAGCCCCAUGUCGGCCGAUCGGGUCGUUGCUUUCAUGGACCAUAUUCGGAUAUUCCAGGAACAGGUGGAAAAGUUGAAGGCCUUGCACGUAGACUCAGCAGAAUACAGCUGUAUGAAAGCAAUUGUUCUCUUCACCUCUGACGCCUGUGGGCUCUCGGAUGCUGCACACAUCGAGAACUUGCAAGAGAAGUCCCAGUGCGCCCUGGAGGAGUACGUGCGCAGCCAGUACCCGAACCAACCCAACCGAUUCGGUCGCCUCCUCUUGCGCCUACCCUCACUCCGGACUGUGUCCUCGCAGGUCAUUGAGCAGCUGUUCUUCGUCCGGUUAGUGGGCAAGACGCCCAUAGAGACACUCAUUCGAGACAUGCUCCUAUCUGGCAGCUCCUUCAGCUGGCCGCCCUCUUACAUGGCUGUGCAGUGAUGGCUGGGUGGCCAAUGGAGGGCGUGUUACCGAGUCUGCACACCUACAGUGGAGUGUUAUUAAAAGGAAACAAAUGCCUCAGUGGCAGAACUAGAAAAAGAAAAGGCUAAAAAGAAAAAAAUAUAAGACAACACGUUGAGACCGUGAGAGUAUCCAUGGAAUCAAAAUCUUCUCAAAGACCGAUUUUUUUUUAAUGUGAGGUCCCAGCUUUGAAAGAACUCAAAUGACAUUGAUACUCCUAGCAUCCAAAUCGAGUACUAGACGCUGAGUUGAAGUGCAUGCAUUAAAUGUGUGGACACUUGCAAGUUACAAGAUCACAAAACCCGGAGCUCGAGGGGAAUCUUCACACUGAUAUGGUGGGUUUUAUAUUAUGCUUCAUGAAACGGAGUCACCCAUAACCGGGACUUAAAUAGUUACCCAACUGUGUAUCAUCAGUUGAACCCAAAAGGCAUGUCACGAUUGGCUUUUGAUAGGCCUAAGUAUUGUUAAAGACUGUUUUCCUUUAUGCAGUGUUGCAAAACCACUUCUUAAGUGAGUGAAAAUGAUUAAACCAAUGAUACAACUUUUGGCAUAACAAUGGGUCGUGGUGCAUAAAACACUCACCUGCUUUUUUCCAUGCAAGUCCUAGAUACUGGCAUGUGUGUAUUAUUGUGACUCACGUUUCCAAGUGCAUUGUGAUGGGUAUUAAAUUUGCCGCGUUCUAGACAGAAAACGUUGGAGAAUGUCAGGCAAAAAAUGAAGUUGCCUGCGCGUCAUACAUAUAAAAAUCGAACUUCCCAUUGGAUAGAAUUUGACCCACUUACCUUUUGGAGGAUGUUGAGAGGGCGGAAAAAUGGCUGCAUUAUAGAUACUUUGUAGGUCGGUACUGACUUAGAAGGCUUUUUGUACAUGACAGUGUGAACUUGUGCUUUGGGUGAGAGUUGAUUGAGAGACUUCAGAGGUUAUUAGUGCGUGGCAAUUUGCGUGCAAUGCUAUGAGAUGUUUAAGGAGAGGGUAACUUCAAUUAUACUGUAGUCCCUGUCUACUGCAGUGCUUAACAGUCACUUAACUUUAAAUUUGAGUGUGAAUGAAUACAAUGAAAACUUGGUACCUACUUGGAAGCUGGCCGUACUAAAGUGUAUAAUAUGUACAGUCAGCAAACACAUUUAUUUUCACUGUCAUCUUCCAAAGACAGAUACACAGUGGCGUAGCCACCGAGGGGGGCUGGGGGCACGUCCCCCAUGUAUUCCCGAUGCCUCCCAGUCCCCCCCCCCCGAAAAAAAACAGAUGAAUGGAUAUUGAGCAAGGCUAACAAAAACUUGCCCCAAAAAACCACACCACUGAAAGCUGAUGCCCUCCCCGUAAGAUGCUGGUGCCCCCUUUGUGCCCCCCACUAGUAAAAUCCGAGCUACGUCACUGCAGAUACAUCAUAUUUGUUUAAUAGCUACAUUCAUUAUUUGUUCAAAACAAUCACAGAUGAAAAAUCACCGUCAUGGUUUUGAAACAAGGAUCCUAAAAUUGGAACCAAAUAGGCAGAUUGUGCACUGGUGGGCAAGAACAAACAAUAUCUCAGUGCUCCGUUGAACACCGGCUGGUAACCAUCUGCAUUUGGUCUGGAACCCCCCAUCGCAUUCUCUGCCCCUUUGGUGUGGUUUUUCCCUAUAAAUCAGUGGAGGCAUUUUAGGGCGACGUUGGGGGGUGGGGUGACUCAGAUGAAUGAGUGACGUGAGAGCGAAUGGAAUGCAAUGGAAAAUUAGUGAAAUUAGAUGAAUGCACAUGAACUGUGAACUCACUUUGAGUCCAUGUUAUUUGAAAUUUUUACCGUUGUAAACAGUGAGUUAGUAUCAACGAGUGUGAAUUUUGUACAUAAACUGAAGGUAAAUAAACAGAUCAUUAUUCAUCCACCUUCUGUAACAUGCUCUGUUUCCAAGGUGACUGCCGUUGUUCACUGCAAAAUAUCAAUUUCUGGCUGCUUGUUUGUUCCGAGCCAACUUUAGAAGGUUGAGGUUUUAUUAAAUGAAUAUUCAUCCUUUGAAUAUGGAUAUUCAUGCAUUUCGUUUAUGACUUCUUCGCUAGUUGAAUUAGUUUGAGUUUUGCUUUUGAAAUCUGUUAUGAUCCUUAAUCAUUUUGUGCUUUAAUUAUUGUUAUUUUGUUUUGAAAGUGAUUUUUUAACGUAUAUAUGCCACGUUCUUGCUAUCAGAGGGUGUGUAUUUCUAAAACAGUGCUUUUGGGUGAUUUUUUUAAUUUGGGGAAAAUCAGCGCUAGCUAUGUUGUCAAUUGAAGAAAAUAUCUUAUAAAAAACUAAGUAAGCGCCAUAAUAUUGAUUUGAGGAAUUGUUAAAGUUGCAAGCAAACUUAAAAAUCCUGCUUUGUACUAAAAGAAAAACUGCCACAGCUGAAAUAUGUUACGGUAUGGCUUGUACUGUAUACUUUGAAAUAUAGUUAUGACAACACAAUGAGUGCUCCAUACCUAGAUUUUUGUGUGUGGGCAGGGGGAAGGGUGUUGAAAAAGGAAAAGGAACACAUCUGAACAAUAGGGGAAAUUUUACUGUUUUACUUUGAACAAGUUUUAAACCUGAAAUAGUUAGAGAUGUCGUCCCCGUUUCAGGGUUUGAUCUUAUGUCACGUUUGCUUUUUUGUCUUGUUUUGUUUGUUUGUUUUUUUCAUGGAAAAAUGUCACCCACAGUUUAAAACGUUUUUGAAAUACGUCCAGUUUGGGCAGAAUGUAAGCGUUUUACCUUUGGAAAUGAAGAUAUGUGGUUCUUUUGUUACAUUGAGACGUUAUUUUGUUUGGAGGAGUGGAACAGAAACGUAAGUUUAACGUUUGCCAGCAGGAUAGAGUGAUGUUCUACAUUCUCAUAGGUCAAAGGUACACCCCGUUGCAGCUGGAGUAGAGAAUUUGAAAUGAAAUAAUUUGAAAGGUAGAUUUUUAUUAAUAAAAAGAUUAGGGUCGUAUUUUUUCCAAAAAUGUGAAGAAUACCUGUAAUAUAUCUGUUUGUAUUUGUGCUGCUUUUAAGAACGUUCGUCUAGUUUGGGGCACUUCAAAAGUGCGAUAUGAUGAGUUUUUUCUUCUGAAAAUGGGCACUAAAAAGGAAAGAGGUAAUGCAUUCUUUUGGAACAAUUGGCGGCUUGCGUUUAGGUAAACGUACAGUACAUCAAAAUUGCUUUGUAUGCAACCUCUACUCCAUGGUCUGCGUGCACGUUCUUGUUGGGCACCAACAUGGCAAACAAGGGAACCAACAUGGCGCGGUAGGUUCGCACCCAUGGGAACGAGGUUUCUUUGUAUGCCGAACAUCACGACUACGACACAUUUAGGCAUGCUCAGUAAUGCAACUAAAAUGGAAUGUCACAAUGAUGGACAAACUGAAAAACAACUAAUGCCCCAAACAUUGUGUCAUUUUAAAAGGCAUUUCGACCUUUGUGAGAACUGUUCUGAUUACUGCUUUAAAGUUGCAGCUUCAACGUACUUCGCUAUGUAGGUCUCAGCGCCAAGCUGAAAAGAUUGCCAUAAUACGGCGCUAUGUUUGUCAUCGCUUAAACAGCACGAAAAAAUAUAUUAAUUGUAUUAUAAUACACAAAUUUCAAAGACGUUAUGUUUAUAGUUAGCUGUAGAUCAAUUAUUUUGGCUAUGUGAACAUGUAAGAUACUCAUGCAUAUAUAUGUGUUGUAUAUAUUUAUGUAUAUGCUUAUGCAUAUGUAGCAUAUAAUUAUAUAUACAUAAUACAUAUUUACAUGUAUACAUAAAUAUAUGCACAUAUCAACAAAUAUGCAUAUUUAUAUACACACUGGAAUAUAUGUACCUAUAUACCCUGUCACCCUGUCAGUGGACAUGCCAAUAUCGUAUUUUGUCUUGAGCACUGUCUUAGGGUUGUUUUGUAUUGUUUUAUCGAUUUGUCUAAAUCUAUAGACCCUAGUUACGUUGUAUACUCUUUAGACCUUUACUAUUUCGAAUAGUCGGCCGUGUCUGUUGUUGUAUUUUGCUGUUUUGUACAAAGGAGCUGGUUGAAAACCAGAUUAAAUGGGAUCUAUCUGUUUCCAGGAAAUUUCUGAUAUCCCGAAGGCUGUUUGUAACCGAAUUAUGAUGGUCGUUUGUUUUAAAAACAGUGAAGUUAGAAAGGGUGUUGCAUAUUUUUGUAUUCAGUAUGUCGGUACGGUCAGACACACAGUAAAACCCGUAUGGUUGUACGCUGUUUGUGAAAUUAGGCUUGCAUCCCAAAGUAGCUUGGGGUUUUGAGGUGGAUCACAUGGAACAUAAUUAUCGACAACGGUAGCUCUGCUGAAAGUAAGUCUUCACAGAUAUAGCGUGCAUUUUUAUAACUUCAUCAAGCUCUUCGAGUCUUUCGAAUAACAUGUGUUUUCAUCAUGCUGUCUUGAUCACUGUGUUUUCACCAAUAAAAGUCAUAUUUUGAAAUUCACAUGAACAGCGGCAAAGCCGUUGACUCAUGGGCUACUUAUAGCCGUUCGACAAAAAAUCAAAGUAUGGCCGAUUCAGAGUUAAGUAAAGAACAGAGAAAACACAUAAAUCAAGUCUUGAAAAUAUUUCACAAUUUGACUAAAUGAUUUGUCAAAACACGUCUGACUUUGGGGGGAAAGACCAUUUCUGUACGACUGUUAAUAUCGCAUCUCUCUGUCACUACACAUUUUUAAAACUUGGCCGCCCGUGUCCGAGACACAGAUUAUGUUGAGAGAUCAAGAAAUAAAGCAUGUACCGAGUGUGGGGGUAUGCAGAUAUUCCAGAA